AUGGUCCUUCUCACGAUGACGCGCUCCAUAGUGGAGGCGUUGCAAGCCGUCCCCGAUACCCAAGAUGCGAUGAUUGGUGAUGCCACAGCAGAGACAUCCCAGGAACCAUCUUUGAGCAGUCCGGCAAUCGGCAAGCCGAUCAGCCACGGCCAGAUCAUCGACCUACGAAAUCGUCUGAAGCCAUUAGACAAGGAUCGCUUCAGUCUCGAGAAGCUACUGCUAGGUGCUUCGGUCUACGUUCCGCCGCCGCCCCCUAAAGCUGAGCCUAGCGAGGAGUACAAGGCCUUAAUGGCUCGCCUCCGCCGCGACGAAGAAGAACGGGCGUACGAGCGUCUUACGCAAAAGUCUUUCGCCACCCGCGAGGCGUUUUCCGAACGAUUUCCCGGGGCGCCCAUGAGCAUGGCGCAUGCAUUCGCAGAGACCAAUCGUCCAUCGAAAGCCGACGACAUAGACGGCGACGAAUUCGAGUUUGGCGAUGUCCAAAGACAGGUCACGUUGAUAUUCAAUUUUCUUGUCAGCAUCAUUGGCUGCGGCGCUGCUCUGUGGCUCGCGGCAAGAUGGUGGUCCACGCCGGCACGCUUGUUCCUGGCGCUGGGCGGCAGCAUAGUCGUUGCCAUCGCCGAGGUCAUCGUGUAUUCCAUAUUCAACUGGCGCAUCAAGGAGGGCGGGAAGAGGGAGAAGAAGAAGAAGGAGCACAAGGAAAUCCUCAAUACGUGGGUUGUGGGAGGACCAGACGAUGGUCCUGCUGUGCCUGAAGAAAAGCUGCUGGAUGGGCCUGGGGAGCAUUCCACAGGCGUAGAUCAUGCUGGUUUCGUUAGGAAGCGCAUCAAGGAUGCGGACGUCUCGUAG